AUGCUAGGUCAACCUUCGGCACUAUUUGCAGAGACAUUUUUUGAUUCUGCAGAAGACAAAUCUGCCUGGGAAUAUUAUAUAAGCCUCGUUUCAUCCAAUGUCCCCGCUGUAGAUGGCCCGGACAACCCUUACCGGCAACUCUCCAUCCCAGCCCUAUCAUCACCCAUUCUCCUCGAGACUAUUGUCUGCAUAUCGACAGAACACAUGCUCAACUUCGGAUUAACUAGCAUUGACAUCGCAGCCAAGCGCCAGCAGCGAAUGCUCAGAACCCUCGGACAAAACCUGCUCAGUAUCGAUGCCGAGGCCGCUUGCGACACAGGUACAAUCGUAGCGAGCAACAAGCACGAGCGAGAAGCGCUCCUCACAGCUGUUGUCCUUCAAGGCAUCGUCGUCGCACAAACAGCAGACGGCGUACUGGAGCCUCACGUCAAAUGUGCUUCUUGGCUCAUGCAAGCACUAGGCUACUUCGAGGAAAUACCCCAAAAUUCCAUCACACGGAUGGCAGUACAACGCUUCGGCAUGGUCGAUGUAAUGCUAGCCAUCUCACGACAGCGAAGGCCAUACGCACCGCAGAAAUUCAUACUCAACCAGCCGGACCAGAAUCGCUGGGACACCACCGAGCCCUCAUUCCACAAGAUGACAGGAUGCCCACAGCCACUGAUGUGUUUCCUAGUACGAAUAGCACAUCUAGCCUGUGACGUGAGCGAGGGACUCGAGAUAAAUAAUGAUGAAAGUGCUAUGCUCAACGAAGCAUUCCGACUUGACACUGAGCUUCGCGUCUGGGGAUCCGGAUACAGUGGAAUUCCGCCGGUGCAAUGCGAGCGUUCACCCCUGGAUAUCCUCACCGAGUGCUUUUACUGGACUGCGCAUUUACUACUUGCUCGUCGGGUUUUUCGAGACCAGACGUGCUCGCCGCGGGUGCAGCAUUUGGUGCGUGUCUGCUUUGGGCUAAUGGAUCAUCUGUCGACGGGGUGUGGGCCUGAUUCGUCGCUGCCUCAGCCAUUUUACCUUGCUGCGAGGGAGGCUAUAUCGGCCGAGGACCGUGCGUGGGUUCGGCAGAAGCAUGAGUCCAUGACGGCUUACUAUAGGGAGCAACAGCGGAACUCGGCAAUGGACCUUAUUGAGCAGAUCUGGGAAACAACGGAUAAGCUACGGGAAAUGGGCAGUGGAUCUGGUUGGCCGAGGGAAAUUGAAUUGUCAAUAGUGGAUAGUUAUGUGCAAGCGCUCGAUAGAGGGGCUUGUUUCUUCAUCUUCUAA